AUGACCUCGUGUGUCGCGUGUGUAGUGCUGACCGUGUCUAGUAAACGAACUGGGCUUGACAAGGCGCUGUAUCAGAUUGACCAAGCCGUCAAGAGAGCGCGCUCAACGGGACAAAAGAGUCCAGACGAUGAUCGGAUCCUGUCGCAUCUUCAGGACCUGCUCAGCGGCGUCAAUACACCAGAGCCACCGCCGACGCGAGGGAAUUAUGGUUCUACCAGUGGAAAUGGGGAUGACGACGCGUACUCGGAUGAGGGGGAAGAAGAGGAGCAAGAUACCGUGACCAUGCCCGAUUUCAUCCAACGGACAGAGCAGAGUCUUGCUAUUGACGAUGCUGAGAAUCCGCUUCAAUUGCUCGCGAGGGCAUCGUACAUCCAGCCAUCGCCAGAGUCAAGGCAUGGUAAUUCGCCACAGCAAGCCCAUACUGCGAGUACCCAAGGCCAGACCGAGGAUGAGAUUCAGGCAUUCUUUGCUCCUGCGCAGGUGCAUCUGGAUGUUGGACCAGACGUUGAUCCUGUCUCGCUGGGUCUCGUGUCUGAAGAUGAAGCUGAUAACCUGUUCAACUUCUUUCAUCGUAAUCUUGCGCAUACUCGAUGGGGUCUUGAUCCCAGGCUUUACACUGUCGAAUUCACUCGUUCGAGAUCGGCUUUUCUCUACACGUCCAUCAUGGCGGCAUCGGCUCUCUUUCUACCGUCAGCUGCCGCUCUUUCAAAACGACUGUCAAAUCACGCGAGGACUCUGGCUCAUAGAGUCAUGGUGAAUCGAUACAGAUCCGUUGAGAUUGUUCUCGCGUUCAUGGUGAAUAUCCCGUGGAUGUUUCCUGGCCAGCACUCUACAGACGACGAGACGUGUACAUACAUUUCCAUCGCCAACACUGUAGCCACGGAUUUGUCUCUACACAAGAGUCUUGUAUCGCCAGAGAUGGUUGGAUCUGGUUCUGGAAUUGGCCUAGCCAGAGGUGAUUGCAUGGAUCCUCGAUCUGCUCUGGCCAUGGACGGCUUCCCUGAGAUUGAUCCUUGGUCGGAACGAGGAAGACUUCUUCUCCGGAAUCGAGAGCGGGCCUGGAUAUCUCUGUUUGUGUUAGAACGGGGAAUGUCUCUCGCCCGUGGACGACCCUUUUCUGUGCCCAUGACUCGAUCUUUGAAGGACUGCGAUAACUGGCACCGAUCCGAGUAUGCAGAUCCUCUUGAUGGACAUCUUGUUUCUAUGGCAGUUUUGAGAAGAGAUUUGGACGCUCUCUUCGCGACUGUUCGCGCUCUAUGCGAUGGAUCACAAAUGGCAUCCAGCGACGGUUCAUUGAUUGCCCAAUCCAUCCAAGGUGCGAUCGAACGAUUCUUUGAUCAGUGGCACACGGAAUGGGGAGUUUCAAUAGGAAAGGGUCCAGAUCGUCGUCUCCCCCCAUACGUUGAGAUUCUAGUCACUCAUACUAGACUCUCCAUCUACGGCGGCGUCAUCAAUCAUCCAACUGCUCCGUUGGAGGUUCGCCGCUUCUUCCACACAGCCGGUCUCUCUUCGGCCCUCAACGUCAUGCGUGCUGCAAUCCAAGGAGAGUCUCAGCUUCAGUCGAUGCCCAACAACACGGCCAUCAUGAUCUCCUUUGCAGCCUGCUUUGCCCUGACUCUUAGUUCAUACACCACCGGUGGAUCUGCUCUCGCACCGAGUGUUCGAAACCUCAUCGACGAAACAGCCACUGUCCUUGAGAGAAUAGGCAAGGUUACCAGACACCGAAAUGGACUCUCAGUCAUGUACGGCAAAUACCUCAAGCAGAUUGUUCGACGAGCAGCAACCGGAGAUGGCAUCACGGGUGCUCCAGUCAGAAACAUGUCUAUGCCCGUCACCGAAACCGCACCCAUCACAACGCCAAACAGUUUCCUAGAACCGCAGACUAUAUGGCCGGAACCUAUGCACUUUUCUGCCAUGUCGGACGAUCAGAUUGUCCAGGCUCUGAAUCAGCCUGGAAACGACUUUGAACCUUCGUUUGGUGGACUUUCGUGGGACGACAUGACGAAUUUCGAGUGGCUUUACUGGCCUGAAGUGGGUAUAUAG